UCUCAUUCUCUUCUUGCAAUCCUAGAUAAAAGCGCUUCUAGCGGUACUUUAGCUUUCUUUAAGUUAGCUAUAUAAAAGUACCUUUUCUUUUUCUUCUUUUCUUACUUCGAAUAAAAUCAUUUUAAGUAUAUGAUCAUGAUGAGAAUGCAAGAAAUUAUUUUGGUGUUUUGGGCACUGGGAAUAUGUGCAUUAGGGGUUGCCAUGGAUCAUAAUAAUUUUAAAAGUGAUCCCGAAAAAAGACACAUUAUUGAGGAAGAUUGUAGCCUUACUAGAUAUCCAUCCAUAUGUGUUCAAACCCUAAAUAUGGCUGGCUUGAGUAGCUCAUCAGGUUCCUACCAAUACACUGAUAUUAUUUCUGUUCUUCUCAACAAGACAAUAUAUGAGUCAAAGCUGCCCACCACUCAUUCUACCAUGUUGACCUCCCACGUUGGAGCCGAAUCAUCAGCUCAUCAACCAAUGAUCACUACAGACGAGUGUGAAACUCUCAUGAGCUUAUCCGAGAAAAAGCUACAGCAAUCUCUAACAGCGCUCACUAACAAAAACAAGGUGGAAGACAUCCAAACAUGGCUAAGCGCCGCGAUGACUUUCCAAGAAGCUUGCAAAGACUCGGACGAGGGCAGCCAGGUCGUCACAAACGGCGUCGUCGUCAGGAGCGAUAUUGCCAAGAAAAUGGCUUAUCUAUACGAGCUAAGCAGCAACGCAUUAGCUCUUACUAAUCGCAUCGUCACCCCGGGGAAAACGACGUCGUCUUCGUCGUUCGAAACCGUAACUCGUCGUUUGUCAGAGAAGGACGGAGGUUUUCCGACGUGGGUAUCCCGGAAAGACAGAAAACUACUCCAGGCAACAACGACAGUAAUAAAUGCGGACGUUGUUGUUGCUCAAGAUGGGUCAGGGAAUUACAAAACCGUUUCUGAAGCUAUACAGGCCGCGCCUGGGAGUCGUCGUUUCGUGAUUCAUGUCAAAGGAGGAGUUUAUAAGGAGAAGAUUCGAACCAACAAAGAUGGCAUUACUUUGAUAGGUGACGGCAAAUACUCUAGUGUCAUCGUUUGGGAUGAUAGUGUCGCUGGUGGAACUAGUAUGCCCGCAACUGCAACAUUCACUGUUACCGGCGACGGAUUCAUCGCCCGGGACAUCGGGUUCCACAACACGGCGGGACCACAUGGAAAACAAGCCUUGGCUCUGCACAUCGCCUCGGACCGGUCGGCCCUAUACAGGUGCAGCAUCGCCGGGUACCAAGACACACUCUACGCCCUCGCUCUCCGCCAAUUCUACCGCGAGUGUGACAUCUCCGGCACCGUUGACUUCAUCUUCGGCAACGCCGCCGCCGUCUUUCAGAAUUGUGAACUAUCCCUCCGCCGUCCACGUGGCGACAACGUCAUCCUAGCCAGCGGAAGAUCCGACCCCGGUCAAAACACCGGGUUCUCGGUCCAAAACUGUCGGGUGACAGCCAGCGCCGAAUUCGCACCCGUCAAACACUCUUACGAAUCUUAUCUGGGUCGGCCAUGGAAGGCCUAUUCGAGAGCUGUGGUUAUGCAGUCGAACAUUGAUGACGCUAUUUCUCCUAAAGGGUGGGUCGAGUGGCCUGGUUAUGGAACCUCUGUUCUGAGAACUCUGUAUUUUGCAGAGUAUGCUAAUGUGGGACCCGGAGCUAGGACCGGUCAAAGGGUAAACUGGCCCGGGUUUCACUUGAUCGGAGUUAGUGACGCUGCGAAGUUCACCGUAGCCAACUUCAUUGGUGGAAAUUCAUGGCUGCCUUCGACUAAAGUGACUUUCAACUCUGGUCUUCAGUAAUGUAAAGAGACUCCGGAGCUGAUGAGAGCUCUAGCAUCAUUGGAUUUUCUUUUAAAGAUUUGGUGUAAUUUCAAAGUUUAUUAUUAUUAUAUGUAACUAAUGAAGAUGUUUCCCUUUAUACAUAUAUAAUCAAUAACUCCAGAGAUAGAAACACUGUGGAGUCAUAUGUAAUUAUGUAUUCUCAAGAUUCAUGUAGUGAAAAUCUAUAUGUUUCAUUUU